UAAAUGAUAAAUGCAAAACAUGCAUCCCAACUUCAUGCCUUGAAUCUAUCGCCAAACAACAAAAAAACAUUCAAUUUUAGUCUCACUGAUUUGUAAAUGCUACUUGGCCUUGAAGAAAAUCGAGAGGAAGAGAGCAAAUACCACAAUUGAAAUGGAAUUAGAGCUCGAAGCCGCCAGAUCAACAAUGGCGGUGAUGGUACUCACUCUGAUGCCACUUCUUUUCUUCUUAAUUUCUCUCCAUCUCUUCCAAUCCUACUUCUGGAAACCGAAAACACUAAGAUCCAAGCUUCGUAAACAAGGAAUCGACGGUCCUCCACCAUCUUCUCUCCUUGGGAACCUCUCUGAAAUCAAGAACAUCCGAGCCCUAACUUCACAGACAAAGAGCAAACAACACGAUUCCAUUACUCAUGGCUGGACUUCUAUUCUCUUCCCGCAUUUGGAGCUAUGGCGGAAUCAAUACGGGCAGAACUUUGUGUAUUCAAGCGGAACGAUUCAGAUAUUGUGCAUAACGGAGAUGGAGACGGUGAAGGAGAUCAGUCUUUGGACGUCGUUGGGUUUAGGGAAGCCUGAUCACUUGUCUAAGGAUCGUGGGCCCUUAUUGGGCCUUGGUAUUUUGGCUUCCAGUGGCCCAAUUUGGGUUCACCAAAGGAAGAUCAUUGCUCCUCAACUAUAUCUUGAUAAAGUUAAGGGAAUGACAAGUCUAAUGGUGGAAUCUACGAAUGCCAUGCUAAGAUCAUGGGAAAUUAAAGUCGAAAAUGAUGGGGGACAAUCCGAAAUAAAUGUUGAUGACGAUUUGAGAGCCCUGUCUGCCGAUAUUAUCUCAAAAGCCUGUUUCGGAAGCAAUUAUUCUGAAGGAAAAGAGAUAUUUCUAAAACUUAGAUCCCUUCAAGUUGUCAUGUCCAAAGGAAGUAUCGGUAUUCCUGGUUUCAGGUACAUCCCCACCAAAAACAAUAGAGAAAUAUGGAGGCUAGAGAAGGAAAUCGAGUCAAUAGUUUUAAAUGUGGUAAACGAACGAAAUGGGCAAUCUUCACACGAGAAAGACUUGUUGCAAAUGAUUCUUGAGGGUGCAAAAAGUCUCGAAGAAGAUGGCAACUCGUUGAAAAUAUCACGGGACAAGUUCAUUGUUGAUAACUGCAAAAAUAUAUACUUUGCCGGUCAUGAGACGACAGCAAUAACAGCAUCAUGGUGCUUGAUGUUACUAGCAGCACAUCCUGAUUGGCAAGCUCGUGUUCGUUCUGAGGUGCUUCAAUGUUGUCAAGAUCGGCCUAUCAAUGCUGAUGCCAUUAAGAACAUGAAGAUGCUGACAAUGGUGAUACAAGAGACAUUGAGGCUGUAUCCACCUGCUGUUUUUGUCACAAGACAAGCAAUGGAAGAUAUAAAAUUAAAAAACAUUACAAUUCCGAAAGGGAUGAAUGUUCAAAUUCCAAUCCCGAUCCUACAGCAGGACAUUCAUCUCUGGGGACCCGAUGCACACUCGUUCAAUCCACAGAGGUUCAAUAAUGGCAUUGUCAAAGCUUGCAAGAACCCACAGGCUUAUAUGCCAUUCGGGGUUGGCCCACGCGUGUGUGCCGGACAAAACUUUGCAAUGGUAGAGCUGAAACUGAUAGUUGGCCUCGUUGUGUCAAGAUUUGAGUUCUCUCUUUCACCUUUUUAUAAGCAUUCCCCUGCCUUCAGGUUGGUUGUGGAGCCUGAAAAUGGAGUUAUUCUCCAUGUGAGGAAGCUAUGACCUUCCUCUUAAUCAAAUUUGGAUAUGAAAAUCUUGUACAAGUUAUGAAAUAAUACUCACAAUGGAACGUGUGUUAUUUAGGAGAUAGUUCCAAAGGUUUGAAACAUUGAAUAAAAUUCUAUUCACUAA